AUGGCUUUGGUGUGCAGUGAUGGUUUCUUGUGCAGUGUCAGGCUGGUGGCUCCUGAAAGGCUGGGUGCCCCCUUCAAGGCAACUCAGCUGCAACGUCACCAUUGGGCCUGGCCCGGUGGCACACGUCUCGACGGCCGAAGCCACGAUCCGGAAGAGUUGAAGCAUGCGAUGAUGUGCAAAAACACCAAGGAGGGCAUCGAUUGUCCCAACAAAGCGUGUCCCUUUUGUCACAGUCCUGAAGAGCUGGAAAUUGCGAGUCGCUGUUGCUAUGAAAACAGCAUCUCUGUUCCUGGACAGACUGUGGCCACCACGCAGAAAGCGCCAACAAAAGCGCCGCCCAUUAUCACUGCAAAGGCGGCCACCGUGACCGGAAUCAAAGGUCAGAAGUUGAUUUAUUCCGGCAAAAUCUUGGCAGAUGACGUCACCCUUCAGGACUCCGGCUACCAGAGCACUGGAUUCAUUGUUGCCAUGGCUACCAAGGCCAAAGCGCCGAGUGCAAAGGCUCCUGCUUGGAUCUCAGGGCCGAUUGCUCCAGCUUCAACCCUUCUGCCUCGCCCCUACACCGGCAACUCCAGCAGCUACACCAGCUCCAGCAGCUACACCAGCGCCGACUCCAGCAGCUCCAGCAGCGCCUGCCGCAGUCAGACCCCCAGUGGAAAUGCUGUGCAAAUCUUCCUUUCGGCGAUGCUCCCCUUGACGCUUGUGACCCAGUUCCGAGAGAAGCCCGUGAUUCACUUGAGGCGGGAGGACUUCCUUUUCCGUAUGGUCAUGGACCAGGAGGACCAGGACCACAAGGACCGCCAACUGGGUCUCCCACGUAUCGCUGAUCCCAUCAGAAGUCAUGGCCAUGAGGCGAUCCAGGAGCAUCCAGAUGCCUUCAUGAGGCUUUUGCAGGAAGCCACUGGAGGAGCACUACAGCCGCAGGGCAAUGCCAAAAAUGUCUAUACUGGCUGGGAUGAUACGCCUUUGAGCAUCAAGGGAGAGCAGGAAGCAGAAGAAGCUGGACUUUGUUUGAAAGCAAAAGGCCUCAAAUUUGACAUCUGUUUUACCUCAGCCCUCCAGCGGGCGACCAAAACCGCCGAGCGCGUGCUGAAAGUCUCAGGCAACAGCUCCGUUCAGGUGGACAAGAGUUGGAAGCUCAACGCACGCCACUCGGGUGGCCUUCAAGGUUUGACCCAGGCCGAAGCCGUGGAGCGUUACGGGGAAUCCAAGGUCACCCUGUGGAGAAGUAGCUAUGAUAUUCUCCCUGCCUGUGUUGAGCACUCAGAUCCAAGACAUCCAGUACACGACCCGAAGUACGCGGGAGUGGCUCCAGAGCUGUUACCCCCCGGGGGAGAGUCACUGGCGUGCACAGUGAAGCGGGUGGUACCACACUGGAAGGAGAAGAUAGUGCCUCGCAUUAGAGCUGGAGAUUCAGUGAUGGUGGCAGCGCACAAGAACUCACUUCGAGCCCUGUGGAAACAUCUUGAGAAUGUUCCAGAUGAAGAUGCUCUUGACAUCAAGAUGAUGCCUGCGAGCGCCCCCCUGGUGAUUGAGUUCCAGAUUCCACCUGUCGGAGAUGAUCUGAUUUUCUUGAGAAAGUACAGUUUGAACGCUCCAACAUUUAAUCCGAAGGUUCGCAUUGAUUCCUUGUCCAAUGGAGUCACAAACAAGGUGUUCUUCCUGCGGCAUGCUGAAAGUCUGGGCAACGCCAAGGGCAUUUAUGGCGGGUGGGAGGAUGCUGCCCUGAGCAUGAAAGGCGAGCAACAGGCAGUUCAGGCUGGAUUGCUGUUGAAGCAGCAAGGCGUGACCAUCACCCAUGUGUUCACGUCCGUGUUACAGAGAGCAGUCAAGACAGCUGAGCUGGUGUGUGGAGCCUCUGACAACGAGGAUGUGCCCACGACUCGUGCAUGGCAACUGAACCCUGGCCACUCAGGGGUCCUUCAGGGCCUGACGGAAGUGGAAGCUUUUGAGAUGUAUGGCGAAGAGAAGGUCAAACAUUGGAGAUCCAGUGAUGAUGUGAAGCCUGAAAGCGUCGACUUGAAAGAUCCCAGACACCCAGCGAAUGACAAGCUCUAUGCCGAAGUGCCAGUGGAAGAACUUCCAGGUGGCGAGUCACUUCACAUGACAGCUGCACGCGUGUGGCCUUACUGGACCAACAACAUUGCGCCAAUGUUGACAGGCGAGCGGAACAUUUUGGUGGUGGCGCAUCGGGACUCGCUGAGAGCACUGUUUGGUCAUUUGGAGGCUGUGGAAGCGGCCACCGUCUUCGAUGGAACGUCGCAGACAGCUCCAUUGGUAUAUGAGUUUGGUAAUGACGGAACCUUCUUCAAAAAAUACAGUCUCAGUACGAUGAGUCCAGAGUUGGGUCUCAGUCCAAAGCAUCUGGGACUUCUUCGAUUUCAUAAUCAGCCGGGUGUGGACUAUGAGAAGGUUGGCCAGGUGGUUUUCCUCCGUCAUGGAGAAAGCGAAUGCAAUCUGAAAGAGCAGUUCACCGGCUGGGAGGAUUCUGGAAUGACACCGAAAGGUUUUGAACAAGCACGAAAAGCUGGAAAAUAUUUGAAAGAUCACGGUUUUCAAUUCGACAUUGUCUUCACCUCCGUGCUCAGUCGAGCCAUUGAAUCGGCUGUGUUGAUUUGCGAAGACUCGGAAAACAAAGAUGUGCCGAUUGAGAAGGCAUGGCAACUCAAUGCACGACACCCUGGAGUGUUGCAAGGCUUGACGAAAGAGGUUGCUGUGAGUUUAUACGGAAAAGAAAAGGUGAAUAUUUGGAGAGGCAGCUAUGACGUGAUGCCAGAGUGUGUUGGAUUGGAUGAUAAUCGCCAUCCUGUCAACAAUCCGCUUUACAGCGGCAUUCCCAAGCGAGAGCUUCCCCCGGGUGGUGAGUCCCUGGCGCGGACCGUGGAUCGCAUCGUCCCCUACUGGAGAAGAAGUAUUGCUCCACAUAUCAAAGCUGGCAAAUCUGUUCUGGUGGUGGGGCACAAGAACUCCCUAAAGGCCUUGUUCAUGUAUUUAGAAGAUACUUCAGAACACGACAUGUUCGAUGUGAAGCCUGUGUCUGCGACAGCGGAUGAUGGCUUCGUUGGUCCUGGCGGAGCCACCAGGGAGCAACUGGCCGCCCUCACGGCCAUGCUGCAGCAAAAUCCAGAGAUGCUGAACCAACUUCUCCCAGAUAUCGAAGCGCAAGAUCCGCAGAUGGCGGAGUUGAUCCGCCCCACAGCUGAAGUGUUGCCACAGCGGCUCAUCGAACAGUUGGCGCAACUUGGUCAGGGCCGAGGUGGUGCGCCUGGCAUGCCCGGUGGCAUGCCUGGUGGCAUGCCAGGUAUGCCGGGCGGAAUGCCUGGGGGUGAAGUGAUUCGAUUGACAGAAGAAGAGAAUGCUGCGGUCCAGUCCUUAGAAUUUUCUGGAGUGCACUUGAGGCGUACCUGGCAUGCGACAAGAGCGAAGAGCUUGCAGCAAACUUUCUCUUUGACAAUGCGGGUGAUUGAGUUCUGUUUUGAAGGCGCGGAAGAGGUCAACAUUUCCGUGCUUCAAAUGAAAGCUCGGACAGCAAUGUACAGAAAUGGUGAUGUCACCCGCAAACGCAUUGCAUUUCACUUUGUGAAUCCUGGCCAAAAGAGUGAGCUGCGGAGUUUGCAGCAAUUUUUGGCGCACUUGGUCGUGAUGAUCUUGAAAACCAGGAUUUCCAACUUCGAACGCUUGGGUUGGACGCGCUCCACGGAUGAGGACUUCGACGUGUACUGGGCCUCCGUUCAUAAUGUUCGAGGUCUUUUCAAUCCAGAAAAUUUGUCCAAACGUCUCCGAGAUGGUCAGGUUGUGAACCACUUUCCCAACCACUAUGAGCUUACCAGAAAGGACCUAAUGGCAAGGAACAUCAAGCGCUACCGACGUGAGCGAGAACGGCAGGAGCAGUUGGCUGUGGCAGAUGGCAUGGACCUGAACCCAAGAAAGAGAGGUCAAUCAGAGCCAAAUCUCGCAAGCUUUGAAAGAGUACCGUUGGAGUGGGUCCCAGCGACUUACUCCCUUCCGAACGACUAUGCUUUGUUUGUCGAGGAGUUUCGGAAGAGUCCAAACUCAACAUGGAUUGCAAAACCAACAGGUAAAGCACAGGGCCGUGGAAUUUUUCUGGUCUCAAAACUGAACCAACUCAAAAGGUGGUCGAAUCCUGGCCAGAAGGAGAAAAACCAACAAGGUCAGCCACUUCCCUUUCGGGAACCGUACAUCAUCUCACGUUACAUCAGUGAUCCAUUACUUGUGGGGGGCAAGAAGUUCGACAUGAGGCUGUAUGUCCUGGUCACCAACUACAAGCCAUUGAAGGUCUUCUUGUACCGUGGUGGCUUUUGUCGUUUUUGUGUCGAGCAGUAUAGCACAGAUGUUGCGGAGAUCGACAACAUCUUUGUGCACCUGACCAAUGUAGCCAUCCAGAAACAAGCAGAGGAUUACAAUGAACAACAUGGAGGGAAGUGGGCGAUCAGCGACCUGAUGCUCUUCAUUGAAAGCACGCGAGGAAGAGCUGCCAGUGACAAGCUUGCAUCAGAUAUGGAGCAAAUCAUAGUCCAUUCAUUGAAGGCUGUCCAGAACGUCAUUGUGAAUGACAAGCACAGUUUCGAGAUGUAUGGCUUUGAUGUCCUAAUCGACAAGGAUUUGAGGCCGUGGCUCUUGGAAGUCAAUGCUUCGCCUUCAAUGACAACUACAACUGAGGAUGAUCGGCUUCUAAAGUUGCGGCUCAUCAACGAUGCUCUAAACAUCGCCAUCAGCGAAAAACGUGGACCGCCUGAAGGCAUAGAUGAUGAGUUUCCCACGGUGCUUGGGGACUUUGCCAGCGCCGCAGAUGCGAUCUGCAGAACUCCAUGGGUGUUGUUCGGUUGA